UGUGUUGACUUGCUUGCAAAGUAAGUACGGAGCCAACUACCAUAGCCUUGCUUUCUCUCACCGAGCCAACUACCAUAGCCUUGCUUUCUCUCAAUACCUCUGGUAUUUAUAUUUAUUCGAAUACUCUCAUAUACAGUAAAUGCUAUAUCUUAUAUCGCGAAAUGAUAAAAAAAUGCAUUAGGUAGAGACCACAACUUCCAACAGAAGUACUGUCAGUAUCUAGCCUGCUAACACAGACAAAAGUGGUUUAGUUACCAGUAUCUUUGCUGCUAACGUUAGCUAGCUAGCUUUCUAUCCUUUUGAUAGACUGGAUCGUAACACUGACCCACCUGAACAAAAGUAGCUAAACGUUACGAUCUCUUAACUAGCUACUCGUAGACAGUUUGCCAUGAUGUCCGCAACCAUCAUAACUUUCCAGUCUCAGCUCUCCGGAGUCAUGGAGACGGUCCUUAAGUCAGCCAUGUACGAGAUCACCAGGCUGGUGGAGGACAGUUUCCUGGAGGAGGUGUCCCGGAGCCGGGAGCAGAUCGAGUCGCUGAAGAAGCGGCUGCAGUGGUCAGAGAACAGACUCCGGGAGAGGGACAGAGAGGGAGGCCAGAGGGGGAAGUGUGCGGACUUUGGGAGCGCUGGCGAGGAAGGUGAAGAGAGAAGCUCUGGAACUUCACAGACUGGUGCAGAGAGGGGGUGUGGCCUGAAGCAGGAGAAGGUACCAGGGGAGGAGUGGAGCAGCUGUGGGGGCGUGGCCGGGGAAACAACCUCACAUGAUCUGGAGGAGGCAGAGGCCACCAGCACUAGGAGAACCUCUGAGUCCACAGAGGUCGGAGGUCAGAAGCUGGAUAGCCUGCUGAAAGAGGAGGCUCUCCACAACACUGAGCUACAGGAGAGAUGGGAGUUCUGCCUGGAUGAGGCCAACGGUUCGGACGUCUCUGGGCCCAGUAAGAGUUUCAGUGAGCAGGAGCUGCAGCAGUGCCAGGAUGACUGGGGAUCCGGUCUAGACCAGGGGCCUGAACCACCGGGCCCAGAGGGAGACCCAGGGGACCCCACUGACCCUCUCUACCGCCCUCGUUACAGCAUGGAGGAACUGGGGGGCGGCUUUGAGAAGUCUGGUUACGGCAGUGAUGGUGGUGGUGGAGGCCAUCGUCUAGACUUGGAAGGGCUGGAUAGUCUUCCUGGUUCCUCGUCUCGUCUGGGGGCGCUGAGCUACGGAGCUGUGGGUCACUACCAGGUGAACCUGGGGGGGUCUGAGGGGGGAGACCAUCACCAUCGCUCCCACAUGACUGGCCCCCAUCAGAGCAUGAGGGAGCGGAUGGGGUCGCUAACGAGGUCCCCCCACCAGGAGGUGCGAGACCUGAACUGCCUGUUGAUCAACGAGGAGGGGUACCUGCAGGACUCCAGUGUCUUGCACCCCGAACAUGGUGUGCCGGACUUGGGUAACAGAGCCGGCCACAGGGGUCUAACCUCCAUCCACUCUGGAAGCUCAGCCCACAACAACACAGAGAGCCUGUAUGGUGCCGCUGAUGACUUUGGACACUCUCUAAACCUCAGAGAUCGUUCACAAGACAAGGUAACAGGAAGAGUGGGAGGAGGGGGGAGAUGUCACGCCUGCAAUCAGUGCACCAUGACCUUCCCAGACUCUGGCUCCCUCAAGGCCCACAAGCAAACACACAAAACAGAGAGAGGGUCGAGUACAGGGUCUGGGUCUGGGCCUCCGUACUCCUGCACCCAGUGUGGUAAAACCUUCACCCAGGCCUGCAACCUCAAGGUCCACCAGCGAGUCCACCAGGCCGAGGGACUCCACCUCUGCAGCCACUGCUGCAAGGGCUUCACCUCCUUCUCCGACCUGAAGAGGCACAAGUGCAGCCAGACGACAGACAAGCCCUACUGCUGCUCCAUCUGUGGGAACAAGUUCAGUCGGCUCUGGAACCUCAAGCUGCAUCAGCGCAUUCACACGCAGGAGAAACCCCACCGCUGCACUAUGUGUGACAAGAGCUUCACGCGGGUGGACAUUUUGAAGGUACACCUGCGCAUCCACACUGGGGAGAGACCGUACUGCUGUGCUGUGUGUGGACUCAACUUCAAAAGACUGGUCCAUCUGAAGUCACACCAGCACAAACACAGGCCGGAUUUCCAGGCCUGAGCGGUGGUCUAGAACAGUGGUUUCCAAACUGUGGGGCGUGGGGUCCCCCCCCCCCCCAAAAAAAAAA